CUUUUUGGGACAUAAUCAGCUCAAUUGCUCUGUAUAAAAGGGCUGCCCAUCACAGAGGCACUCACAUUCUCAUCAGCCAUGAGAGUUCUUGCACUUGCCUUGACUCUGGCCCUUGUGGCGGGUCACCCUCAGAACUUUGCUCCGGAUUUUGCUGCUGGUAAGACUUUCGUGUACAAAUAUGAGGCGUUACUCCUCAGUGGUCUGCCAGAGGAAGGUUUGGCAAGGGCUGGACUCAAAGUCAGCAGCAAAGUUCUCAUCAGCACCGCAGAGCAGAAUAUGCACAUGUUGAAGCUCGUAGAACCUGAGCUCUUCGAGUACAGCGGUGUCUGGCCAAAGGAUCCUUUAGUCCCCGCAACCAAGCUUACAGCAGCACUGGCAGCUCAGCUCUUGACUCCAAUCAAGUUUGAGUAUAUCAAUGGGGUUGUUGGCAAAGUAAUGGCUCCUGAGGGAAUCUCCACACUGGUGCUAAACAUCCAGAGAGGAAUUCUGAAUGUCCUUCAGCUCAACAUCAAGAAAACACAGAAUGUCUACGAGUUGCAGGAGGCUGGAGCUCAGGGUGUGUGCAAGACCCUCUAUGCCAUCACUGAAGAUGAAAAGGCUGACCGCAUCCUCUUAACAAAGAGCAGAGACCUGAACAACUGUCAGGAGAAGGUCAUAAUGGACAUAGGGUUGGCAUACACUGAGAAAUGUACCAAGUGCCAGGAGAACCUGAGAGGAGCUGCAGCAUACAAUUACAUCUUGAAGCCAGUCGCCAACGGUCUCCUGAUCCAGGAGGCAACCGUCAAUGAGCUGAUCCAGUUCUCACCUUUUGAUGAAAUGAAUGGAGCUGCUCAGAUGCAGACUAAGCAAUCCUUGGUCUUCCUUGAGAUUCAGAAUGCACCUGUUGUGGCCAUCGAGGCAGACUAUCUCCGACGUGGAUCCCUCAAGUACGAGUUCUCCACUGAACUUCUUCAGACUCCCCUUCAGCUCAUCAAGAUCAAGAAUGCUAAGGCCCAGAUUGUGGAUAUUCUGAAUCAUCUGGUCACCCACAAUGUGGAGAGAGUCCAUGAGGAUGCCCCUCUGAAGUUCUUGGAGCUGAUUCAGGUCCUCCGUGCAGCCCAACUUGAAGAUCUGGAAAUGCUCUGGAGCCAAUUCAAAAACCGCCCUGCUUACAGACAGUGGCUCUUGGAGGCCAUCCCUGUCAUUGGAACACCUGCUGCUCUGAAAUUCAUCAAGAUGAAGUACCUGGCUGAUGAGCUCACUAUUGCUGAAGCGGCCCAGGCUCUAAUUGCAUCUGUUCACAUGGUGACAGCAAGCCCUGAGGUCAUCAAGCUGAUAGAGGGCCUGGCAAUCAACCCCAAAAUACUGGCACAACCAGUUCUGCGGGAGGUUGUGCUUCUUGGCUAUGGUACCAUGAUUUCUAAAUACUGUUCUGAGAAGACUGUCUGCCCUGCUGAACUCAUCAAGCCCAUCCAGGAGCUCCUCGCAGAGGCUGUCUCUAGGUCUGAGCCCGAGGACAUCAUUCUGCUCCUGAAGGUUUUGGGUAAUGCUGGCCAUACUAGUAGCCUUAAGCCAAUUACAAAGAUCCUGCCAAUCCACGGCACUGCAGCCGCAUCUCUGCCCAUGAGAGUCCACGCUGAAGCCAUCAUGGCCCUGAGGAACAUCGGAAAGAAGGAGCCCAGAAUGGUCCAGGAUUUGGCUCUUCAGCUCUACAUGGACAAGGCUCUUCACCCAGAGCUUCGUAUGCUAGCAUGCGUCGUGCUGUUUGAGACAAGGCCUCCAGUGGGUUUGGUGACAACUCUUGCCAGCAUUGUGAAGGCGGAGAAGAAUCUGCAGGUAGCAAGCUUCACGUACUCCUAUAUGAAGUCUAUGACCAAGAGCAACAGCGGUAUCCAAGAGUCUGUUUCUAAAGCUUGCAAUGUGGCUGUCAAAAUCUUGAAUCCAGUUCUGGGCAGACUGAGCUUGCGUUUCAGCAAAGCCGUCUAUGCAGAUAUCUAUAACAGCCCUCUGAUGAUUGGUGCCGCUGCCAGUGCUUUCUACAUCAACGAUGCUGCAACUCUUCUGCCCAGAUCUUUUGUGGCUAAGGCCGGUGCCUUCCUUGCUGGAGCUGCUGCUGAUGUUGUGGAGGUUGGAGUGAGAACUGAAGGACUCCAGGAGGCUCUUCUGAAAAACCCUACAGUCGUUGACAGUGCUGACAGGAUCACUAAGAUGAAGCGUAUCAUGCAGGCUCUCUCUCACUGGAGGUCCCUGCCAAACAGCAGUCCUUUGGCCUCUGUCUAUGUCAAGAUCUUUGGACAGGAAAUUGCCUUUGCCAACAUUGACAAAGCCUUGAUUGAUCAGGUCAUUUCGCUCGCCAGUGCACCAUCUGCUCAGGCACUUGGUAGAAAGGCUGUCCAAGCUCUGCUGUCUGGUGCUUCCCUGAACUUGGCUAAACCACUGUUGGCUACUGAGGUGCGCCGCAUUAUGCCUACUGCUGCUGGUCUUCCAAUGGAGCUCAGUCUGUACACUGCUGCUGUGGCUGCCGUAGCUGUUCAGAUCAAGGCUAUCACAUCACCAGUUCUAGCUGAAAACUUCCAUCUCGCUCACCUUCUGAAGACAGAUAUGCAGCUUGAGACCGAGAUCAGACCAAGCAUUGCAGCGAACACAUUUGCUGUGAUGGGGGUGAACACUGCUAUACUCCAGGCUGCUUUGGUAUCAAGAGCCAAGCUGAACUCCCUUUUGCCCGCUAAAAUCAUUGCAUCACUUAACAUCCAGGAGGGUCACUUCAAGCUUGAAGUUCUGCCUGUUUCUGCGCCUGAAAACAUUGCAGCUGUACAAGUUGACACUUUUGCUGUGGCGAGAAAUAUUGAGGAUCUUGCUGCUGAGAAAAUUGUUCCCCUUAUCCCAGCCAAACUCAUGGAGCCCAUCUCAAGGCUAUCAAAGCUCAGUUCCUCUGCAACAGACAGUUCGUCAAGAUCCUCAGAGAUCAUUUUGGAGGAUGUGGCCGCUUUAAAACCCAAAGCAACUCAGUUUGCAAAGAAGUACUGUGCUAAAGCUAUUAACAUUGGCCUGAAAGGCUGUGUAAGGGUUGCCACUGAAAACGCUGCUUUCAUCAGUGACGUUGUCCUGUACAAAAUGGCUGGAAAGCAUUCUAUCGCUCUUGCUGUAACACCAAUUGAAGGUGAAGAGAUUGUGAAAUUGGAGAUGGAGAUUCAAGUUGGACCAAAGGCUGCGGAGAAGCUCAUUAAGCAGAUCAAUCUGAGUGAAGAGGACAUCGUUGAGGGAAGACCUGUCUUGAUGAAGCUCAGGAAAAUCCUUGCUCCUGGUCUGAAGAAUGGGAACUUAUCAUCCUCCUCCAGCUCCUCAUCUAGUGCCAGCAGCAGCAGCAGGUCCUCAAAGUCCAGCUCUGCAUCAAGCAGUGCUUCUCUCUUUAGCGCUAGCUCAAGCUCCUCUCGUUCCAGUGCUCAGCUCUCAGAGCAAAUUAUUUACCAGAAGUUCCAGAAGAGCCACAAGAAACAGGGUCAACGCUCUCAGGCCACCUCUGCACUACUUUCCACAAGCAGUGCUUCGAGCUUCGAGGCUAUAUACAAAGAGAAUAAAUACCUUGGAAAAGAGGCUACCCCUGUCUUUGCUAUCAUCUUCCGUUCUGUCAGAGCCGACAAAAAGAUAAUGGGAUAUGAAAUGUCCGUCUACUUGGACAAACCGACCGCUAGGAUUCAACUCAUUCUGGCUGCCUUGGCUGCUGAUGACAAAUGGAAGUUAUGUGCCGAUGGAGUUCUACUUAGCAAAUUCAAAGUCAAUGCUAAAGUAGGCUGGGGAGCUGAAUGCAAGCAGUACGACACAAUGGUCACAGCUGAGACUGGUCUCGUUGGAGCAAGACCCGCAGCUCGCAUCAGAGUGGCCUGGAACAACCUACCUACUGCCCUUAAACGCUAUGCAGAGAAGGUGUACAACGCCAUCCCUGCUUCCACGUUGGCCGGCCUCAUUAAAGGAAAGGAUGAAAAGAGCAGCAACCAGCUCUCAGCUACUCUGAUCGCAACAUCUGACAGGGCACUUGACCUCCUUUGGAAAACACCAUUGCGUGCCUAUAAGCUGUCUGUGCGUCUGCCCAUUGCUCUGCCACUUGAUGCAAUCAAGGGCCUCACCCCCUUCAAUGACAUUACUGACAGAGUCCACUACUGGCUCGCCAAGGCUGGUGCAGCUGAAUGUAGCUUUGACAGAGAAACACUGACCACAUUCAACAACAGGAAAUACAGGACUGAGUUUCCUUUGUCUUGCUACCAAGUUCUGGCCCAGGAUUGCACAGAUGAGCUGAAAUUCAUGGUUCUGAUGAAGAAGGAUAACAUUGAGCAGAACCAUAUCACUGUAAAGAUUGCUGAUGUUGAUAUUGACAUGUACCCGAAGAACACUGACAUGAUUUUAAAGGUCAAUGGAAUGGAAAUACCUAUGAGCAAUCUGCCAUACCAGCAUCCCACAGCUAAAAUCCAGAUAAGACCAGUGGACGAGGGAAUUUCCGUGUUCGCUCCGAGCCUGGGUCUUCAUGAAGUCUACUUUGACAAGAACUCAUGGAAGGUUAAAGUUGUGGACUGGAUGAAGGGACAGACCUGUGGACUCUGUGGAAAGGCUGAUGGGGAAGUCCAUCAGGAGUAUCGCACACCUAGUGGACGCUUGACCAAGAAUGCUAUUAGCUACGCUCAUUCCUGGGUUCUGCCAGCCGAGAGCUGCAGGGACAGCACUGAGUGUCGUAUGAAGCUUGAAUCGGUGCAGCUGCAGAAACAGCUUAACAUCAACGGGCAGGAUACCAAAUGCUUCUCUGUUGAGCCUGUCCUGCGCUGUCUUUCUGGCUGCUUCCCUGUAAAGACCACAGCCGUUACUGUUGGCUUCCACUGCCAGCCUGCCGAUUCUGCCGUGAGUGCUCACAUCUUUGAUAACAGCGUGGACCUGAGGGAAACAUCAGAAGCUCACCUGGCCUGCAGCUGCACUGCUCACUGUGUCUAAUAACACCUAUUUCUGCCAGUCAAUGAUGGUGUGUGUUUUCAAUAAGACCUUAAAUAAAAUAACUUCUUGAAAAA